AUGGCAGGAGAAAGCAAAAACCUAGCUGUCCUUCUUCGCAAAAAGGGGGACCUUGAAGUGCACAAGAGUUAUUUCACAGAGUAUAUGUCUGUGCUGAGUACACCUAUAUUUAUCUACACGGAACAUGUACAAUUGAAUUGGCUAGGUGUGACGGUUAAGGUAGAAGUGGAAAAACCUUCACCUGGUGAAAAUGAGGUUCUACUUGCUAUUGACUCAGUGGGGAUUUGCGGUACAGACGUUCACUUCUGGACUCAUGGAGAAAUUGGAGAUUUUAUCGUGAAAGCACCAAUGAUAUUGGGACAUGAAUCAAGUGGAGUAGUGGCAGCCCUUGGUAAAGGGGUCAGUACUCUUAAAGUUGGUGACAGAGUAGCCAUUGAACCAUCUGUACCAUGUAGAAAAUGUGAUUACUGCAAAGGAGGAAGAUACAACCUAUGUCCUGAUAUAGUGUGUGGUUCCACACCCCCAGUGCAUGGAUCUCUAGCAAACUAUUAUUGUCAUGCAGCAGAUUUUUGUUAUAAACUUCCUGAUCAUGUGAGUUUUGAGGAGGGCGCUCUUUUAGAGCCAUUGUCUGUUGGUGUUCAUGCAUGCAGACGUUCAGGGGUCACCCUGGGGAGUAAAUUACUUGUGUGUGGGGCUGGUCCAAUUGGUCUGGUGAGUUUACUGACUGCUAAAGCCAUGGGUGCAGCUCAGGUCAUUAUCACAGAUAUAGACCAGGGCAGACUGGAUGUGGGCAAGCAGAUAGGAGCUGAUUUUACAGUGUUAGCAGACAGCGAAGAUGGUCGUGAAAUGGCAAAGAAAAUAGAAAGUACACUAGGUUGUAUGCCAGACAUCUCAAUUGAAUGCAGUGGUGUGCCAUCUAGUAUCCAGACUGGGAUUUAUGCAACAAGAUCUGGUGGGGUGUUUGCUCUUGUUGGUUUAGGACCAUCAGAUGUGACUUUACCAAUAGUGAAUGCAGCUGUGCGAGAGGUCGAUAUCAUAGGAAUCUUAAGAUAUGCAAAUUGCUUUCCAACUGCAUUGGCAAUGAUUGCAUCUGGUAAGGUGGAUGUCAAGCCUCUGGUAACUCAUCGGUUCACACUCGCUAAAUCAUUAGAUGCCUUUGAAACUGCAAGAACUGGUGCAGGGGGAGCCAUCAAAGUCAUGAUCAAGUUUAAAACAUUCCGUGGCGUGGCUUACUCUACCGACGUUUCCAACUUCUAUUAUGACCAGAAUAUGAUGCCUGUUGGUGAUUGGCAUCCACGCAUGGAAGGCCUUGUUUACUAUAGUAGUCGAGGUUGGGUACAUGCCGAUUGGACUGCCGUUCUUGCUAGACAGCUGAAGAAACACUAUGGUAAUAUCACUCCUGCAAACACAAUACGGGAUCUCGUGUCUAACGUUCAGACUGGCGAUACACAUACUGCUAUUUACGACCUUAAGAACUGA